AACAAAAAUUAUAAAAAAUAUUAAAUUCAGCUAAAAUUAAAAUCAAAGUUUUAAUUAAGAAUUUUUAUUUGGAGCAAAUUGAGUGUUCAUAUGCUGUUUCCUCUAUUUUUUUUCCAUUUCAGUCAGUCAAGCCAUACACUGGCUUACCUCCAUUUUUAUGCCUUUGUAACUAUUAUUAUAUAAUCCUUCCUCUCUCUCUCUCUCUCUCUCUCUCUCUAUCUGCGUGUGUGUACUUGACAACUUCUAAUCAGAUCAUACAGUUUUUUACAGGAUUUUCCCUGACUUUCUCACCACCCAAACAAUACAUUAAUUUCUGCCCCAAAAUCCCUGGAAGUUGAGUUGGGUCUUGAUUAUUGGGUCAGUGUUCGGUUCAGGAACUGUUGCUUGAUUAGUUGGCUCUGAUGCUGUCUCAAUUUGCUGCGGUUGAACUAGUGGGAUUGGAGGAAUUGGAGCUGGAAGGCAGUGUUUGGGUGUUCCAGAGCGUGGAUUUGUUAGGGUUUGAGAGGCUAUUGAAUGUGUUGUUGGUGAAUGGAAGGGUUUGGCUUUCUUGAAAAUGGUGAGUAGAUUGUUUUGGUCGUGAUGUCGCGGACUGAUAGAAUGGCCUCGGAUCUUAGUAGGACUGGCCCAGUUGAAAGGGACAUCGAGCAGGCAAUCACCGCUUUAAAGAAGGGGGCUUGCUUGCUUAAGUAUGGGAGAAGAGGAAAGCCCAAGUUUUGUCCUUUUCAUCUUUCCAAUGAUGAGUCGGUUUUGAUAUGGUUCUCAGGGAAAGAGGAGAAACAUCUUAGACUAAGCCAUGUCUCUAGAAUCAUCUCUGGGCAACGUACACCAAUCUUUCAAAGAUAUCCUCGACCUGAGAAGGAGUACCAGUCUUUUUCUCUUAUAUAUAAUGACAGGUCACUGGAUUUGAUCUGCAAAGAUAAAGAUGAAGCUGAGGUAUGGUUUAGUGGUUUAAAAGCAUUAAUUUCUCGUGGUCAUCAUCGAAAAUGGAGAACAGAAUCAAGGAGUGACGGAAUUCCAUCUGAAGCAAACAGUCCUAGGAGAUACACUCGUAGAAGUUCUCCUUUGAAUUCUCCAUUUGGUAGUAAUGACAAUUUGCAGAAGGAUGGAGAUCACCUUCGUCUUCGUAGUCCAUGUGAAAGUCCCCCUAAAAAUGGCCUGGAUAAGGCAUUUUCAGAUGUGAUAUUAUAUUCUGUUCCUCCCAAGGGAUUUUUCCCUUCAGAUUCUGCUAGUGGUUCAGUACAUUCAUUGUCAUCUGGUGGCUCAGAUAGUGUAUAUGGUCAUAUGAAGGCGAUGGCAAUGGAUGCCUUUAGAGUUAGCCUAUCUAGUGCUGUUAGCUCAUCAAGCCAAGGUUCUGGUCAUGAUGAUGUUGAUGCCCUAGGAGAUAUAUUCAUUUGGGGAGAAGGGACAGGGGAUGGCAUCCUAGGAGGCGGAAGUCAUAGGGUUGGAAGUGACUUUGGUGUAAAAAUGGAUUCUUUAUUGCCUAAAGCCUCAGAAUCUACUGUAGUACUUGAUGUCCAGAAUAUUGCCUGUGGUGGAAGACAUGCAGCCUUGGUUACCAAGCAAGGAGAGAUUUUCUCCUGGGGAGAGGAAUCGGGAGGCAGGCUUGGGCAUGGUGUAGACUCUGAUGUUUUGCAUCCAAAGCUUAUUGAGGCCCUCAGUAAUAUAAACAUUGAGUUUGUGGCAUGUGGUGAGUACCAUACCUGUGCGGUAACACUUUCUGGUGAUUUGUACACAUGGGGUGAUGGAACUUAUAAUUUUGGUCUUCUUGGCCAUGGAAAUGAAGUAAGCCACUGGGUUCCAAAAAGAGUGAAUGGGCCCUUGGAAGGCAUACAUGUCUCAUCUAUCUCUUGUGGACCCUGGCAUACAGCAGUUGUAGCCUCUGCUGGGCAAUUGUUUACUUUUGGUGAUGGAACAUUUGGAGUUCUGGGUCAUGGAGAUCGGAAAAGUGUUUCAAUACCAAGGGAAGUGGAGUCCCUUAAAGGUCUCCGCACUGUGCGAGCUGCUUGUGGUGUUUGGCAUAGUGCUGCAGUUGUGGAAGUCAUGGUUGGGAAUUCAAGUUCCAGCAAUUGUUCUUCAGGGAAGCUGUUCACUUGGGGAGAUGGAGAUAAAGGUCGGCUUGGGCAUGGUGACAAAGAAGCAAAACUGGUUCCUACAUGUGUUGCUGCUCUUGUUGAACCAAACUUUUGCCAAGUUGCAUGCGGACAUAGUCUAACAGUUGCACUUACAACAUCAGGCCAUGUCUACACAAUGGGCAGUCCUGUUUAUGGCCAGCUAGGCAACCCUCAUGCUGAUGGAAAGCUUCCCACCCGUGUUGAAGGAAAGCUCUCUAAGAGUUUUGUUGAUGAGAUUGCUUGUGGUGCUUAUCAUGUUGCAGUUUUAACUUCAAAAACUGAAGUUUACACCUGGGGAAAGGGAGCAAAUGGACGAUUAGGCCAUGGGGAUAGUGAUGAUAGAAAUUUCCCAUUACUAGUAGAAGCUUUGAAAGACAAACAAGUAAAAAGUAUUGCCUGUGGUACUAAUUUUACUGCAGCUAUCUGUCUUCAUAAGUGGGUUUCUGGUGUUGAUCAGUCUAUGUGUUCUGGCUGCCGCCUUCCAUUUAAUUUCAAAAGAAAACGACACAAUUGUUAUCAUUGUGGACUAGUUUUUUGUCAUUCAUGUAGCAGCAAAAAGUCCCUUAAGGCUUCCAUGGCACCGAAUCCUAAUAAAUCUUAUCGUGUCUGUGAUAAUUGCUCUAAUAAACUAAGGAAAGCCAUUGCAACUGAUGCUUCAUCUCAGUCUUUCGUAAAUAGGAGAGGUAGUGUGAAUCAUGGGUCUAAUGAGUUCAUUGAAAAAGAUGAGAAGUUGGACUCUAGAUUUCGUGCACAACUUGCUAGGUUUUCAUCAAUGGAAUCCUUGAAGCAGGCAGAAAGUCGAUCCAAGAGAAACAAGAAACUGGAAUUCAACAGUAGUCGUGUUUCACCAGUUCCUAAUGGAGGUUCCCAAAGGGGAGCACUUAAUAUUUCUAAAUCCUUUAAUCCAAUGUUUGGUUCAUCCAAAAAAUUUUUCUCAGCAUCUGUUCCUGGAUCACGUAUUGUUUCUCGAGCAACAUCACCUAUAUCAAGAAGGCCCAGCCCACCUCGCUCAACGACACCAACCCCAACCCUGGGUGGACUAACCUCACCAAAAAUUGUUGUAGAUGAUGCUAAAAGAACCAAUGAGAGUCUCAGCCAAGAGGUUAUUAAAUUGAGAGCACAGGUUCAAAAUCUUACUCGCAAAGCCCAGCUUCAGGAAGUUGAGCUGGAAAGGACAACUAAACAACUGCAGGAAGCAAUAGCAAUUGCAGGUGAAGAGACAGCUAAAUGCAAAGCAGCUAAAGAAGUGAUCAAAUCGCUGACUGCCCAAUUAAAAGACAUGGCUGAAAGGCUACCAGUAGGAGCAGCCUGGAACAUCAAAUCACCCUCCUUCACUUCGCCUGCCUUGCCUACUCCUUCCGAUGAUGUUCCUAAUGCUUCUUUUGAUUGUCUGGAUGGUCAAAUAGCAUCUGAAGGAUCAGACACAAAUGGAUUAAAAAGCCAGGUUCAGUCUAAUGGCUCUAGCGCCACCAGCAUCCGUACUUCAGGUCACAACAAACAAGGCCAUUUGGAAGCAACAGCAAGAAAUGGAAGCAGAAAAAAAGAAGUUGAAUCAAACCAUGAAGCUGAACGUGUGGAGCAAGAUGAGCCUGGAGUAUAUAUAACAUUUGCCUCCCUGCCAGGUGGUGUCAAGGAUCUGAAGCGAGUACGGUUCAGUCGAAAGCGGUUCAGUGAGAAGCAAGCAGAACAGUGGUGGGCAGAGAAUAGGGCCAGAGUAUAUGAACAGUACAAUGUGCUCAUGAUUGACAAGUCAAGUGUUGGUGUUGAUAGUGAAGAUUUGGCUCGUUAGCAUGCGGAAAAAAUCCCUGUAGAUGAAAAGUUUUUUUUCAUGUUUCAGCUCAUGCUGGGAAGCGACAUUCACCAAUUGGGUUUGGCCUUACCAAUUGGCAUUGGCUUCCAUCCUUUCAAUGAGUUUAAAAAAGUGAAUACGGCUAUAAGAGGAGAGCAAACCGGGGGGAUUUGAUUGUAUUUUUCAUAUUUUUUAACCUGUUUUUUCUUUAUUUUUUUUUUUAUGGUUUUCAAUUAUUUUUUACCGUAUAUUUACGGUAUUUGUUGGUGGGGUGAGGGAGAGGGGUUCAGGGUGAAAUGUAAAUUCUUAGUAGGUUGCCGGCUCUUGUUGAAAAAUCAGCUGCCAUGUAAAUUCAUAAAGUGAAUUCAUUACAGAUUUGUCCACUUUGAUUUAUAAUUCAGCUCAGGCUUGUUGAAA